AUGUAUCAAUGGCGUUUCAUUGUUCAUUAUCCUGGUAUAUUUAUAUGUUUUAUUUAUCCACCUUUAUUUUAUCAUUUGGUCGUUAAUUUUUAUCCAUGUGAAAAUAACUAUGAUUAUGAAUAUUAUGUUUGUGGAGGAGCUUGUUAUCAAUUCGAACAUGUUAUCAGUAUUAUUGAUUAUCUUCUAAAUGUCGCCUCUCCUACUAUUAUAAUCGUAUUAGCAAAUAUGAUUCUUCUUUAUCGUGUAAUCAAUCAAAAACGAGCAAUGAAAUUAGCGAAUACUUGGCAAAAAAACCAAUUGAUGUAUGUUCAACUAGUAUCGAUUUCAGUAUUAUAUUUAAUUAUCUGGAUACCAUUUGUUAUUAUUUCACUAAUUCGCUUAUUUUAUGAUCCAUUUUUUUUACAAGAUGUGAUUUUAUUAAUUAUAAACUACUGUUUAUAUAUCAUUCCACUAGUUUCACCAUUUAGUUGUCUUAUUGGUUUACCAAAAGUACGAUAUCAAUUGCGAAGAAGACAUUGGCAUUCAUUGUGGGCACAUAGUAUUAAUCAUAAUCGAAUCGGACCAGCAAGAACUAUGGAUGUUGUUCGAACUAGACAGCAACAUAUUUUGCCAAGUCGACAACUAGAAAAUGAACAUAUAUGUUAA